AGUGCAGAGGUAGCAUCGCGAUGGCUCCUGGCACAGUUCAAGGUUAAUCUUCGACCCCUCUGGGCGCCCACUUCAGAAGCCGUGGUUGCACUGUCGCAGAGGUUUGGUGACCUUGUUUGGAACCUCGUAUUCGGCCAGCUACAGAAGGUCUCACGCGGUGAGAUUGAUGCGCAUCCACCGUCCUGGGUUCAAGAGGAAAUGGAUGGUGAGGGCGAGGACGACAUUUGGGAAGACGAGAAGUCCUGGAGGGAUCCGAGCGCUCACAAAGUCCGGACCACCUUGAAUCGAUGGCAGAAGGCUAACAUAACAGCUGCAGAGAUCUUCGGGAAGCAGAAAUCUGGCGACCGACUCGAUACCAUGAUGUAUGAAACGCGAGUAUUGCAUACCCUGGGCGAAUGCGCGAGCCUAGCGGAGAAACAUAAUCGGGAUAUUAUUUCCUUCUUCCUUUCUCUCACCGCCCCAGACUCUCCAGCAAAGUUGCCGCGACCUAGACUCAACGCAUGGUUAACCUUGUUCUCUAAAUUCGUGAAUCCAAAGGCUUUAUAUGCUUCGGAGAAAUUGCACGCUCUCUACAUAUCACUUCUCUCACAUCCUGAUAGAUCCCUGCAGCGCCUCGCCUUGUCCUGCCUGUUGACAUACAAGUCAGCCAGUCUUCUGACUCAUGAAGAUACCCUUCGAGGUCUGCUGGACGACACUCGGUGGAGAGAUCAACUUACGAUGCUAGACAUGUCCGAGAUCGAAGAGAAGGAUAGGCCGGAGCUCGUCAGUGUUAUCAUCCGCAUCUUAUUCGGCAUCAUGCUGGAGAAGCGAGGUCGUUCCCGGGGUGCUGAUCGACGCGGAACCAUCUUGACGACUCUUGCAGGCUGUACUGAUGAAGAAUUGUCCAUUCUUGUGGAUCUCAUGGUGGACCCUCUGCAGCUGAAUGCGACAAUUGGAUCUGACGGUGACUUUACGCUCAGCCCUGUCUCCACGGAAGUGUCAACUACACAACAACUCGGUUUCCUGACUCUGCUUGGCGACGUCCUCAGGAAUCUUGGGUCCAGACUAAUCGCGCGUUGGCCUGUCCUACUGGGUGCGACUAUCAGUCUUACGGCCCAUGCACAACGGUCUCUUGAUACAUCUAAGGACAACCUCCAGCAAGCAGAGGAGGCGAGCCAAGUAUCAGAGCCGGAUGACGUAGACCCGAAUUCACCCUUGAAGAGCCUACGGAGCACUCGACAACUAGGGCUGAAGCGGCUCGCUGAUUUUGCCAGAGUACCUGUCCAGUUUGACUUCUCGCCCUACUUGACGAAAUCCUUCCCUACGAUCAUUUCUCCCCGUAUGGACCAUUUCGAAACGGAGAAUACGCAGGCCCCAUCCGCUUUACUCGAACUGUUCUAUGCUUGGGCUUGUCGCACAGAAUACAUCUCGAUACUUGUCAGUUAUGACGAACGAAUCUUGCCGAAAAUUUACGACUGUCUUGUCGCUGCCAGCGUGAAACCCGCAGUGGUGUCACGGAUCUUUGACAUCAUUGAGCAUACCCUUCAGUUCUGCCCAGGACAGGCAUCGUUACAAGCUGCUUUUGUUCGCCAUGUCUCUCUGCUACUGACGAAUCUCACUUUGCUGGUUGAGCGGGCGAAAGAUAUCGUUGCUGUGACUAGUGCGCUUGGACAGCGACAAAUCGCGAUUCUUUGUCAAAUCGUUUACUACGUCAACGACAGUAGCCAGGCAGAAACUCUGCUCAAAUUGUUCUUGCCCAUCCUACGAAAGCCCUCGAAGGUGGUCCCGGAAAAGAUUAAGAUCGAUGUGCUCAAGAUCGUGGAACAAAUCCUACCCCUCGCAAUAGGUACAAAGGAACUGGGAAGUACGAUAUAUGUGCAAAGUUACGAUGUUCUCUCUGCACUAUUCCAGACCCUGCGGCUGCGGGCGUCGCGUUUGGGACUUGUCGCUGCGUUCCGCAAGCUAGCUGCAAUCGAUCUUUCUCUAAGACCUCUGGUUGACCUCAUGGACUCUUUGAACGCCUUCUCGCAGAAGCGUAUGGACGAGCCUGAUUUCGAUCGCCGUUUGAGUGCUUUCACCACACUCAAUGAGCAAUCCUACAGCUCUCUGACUGCCCGACAAUGGGUCCCGAUCUUGUAUAACAUGUUAUACUUCAUCCAGGAUCCAGAAGAGCUUGCUGUCCGACAUAGCGCCUCCCUUGGUAUCAGGCGUUUCAUUGACAUCGCGACAGAGCGAGAGGAGUGCGAAUAUCAACAUAUCUUUCUGCGCAACCUCUACCCUGCUCUUCGGAAUGGUCUUCGCACGAAGUAUGAAAUGGUCCGCGCCGAGGUACUUGCUGUGGUUGCAUAUGCGGUCACGCGGUGCGACUUUGCAGAACCUCUGCGGGAGUUGCGUGUCUUAUGUGCCGACGGCGACGAGGAAGCAAACUUCUUCAAUAAUAUCUUCCAUGUUCAAAUCCAUCGACGAACUCGAGCUCUUCGACGAUUGGCGGAUGCCUGUGAUCAUGGCCUAUUAAAAAGUCGUACCGUCAACGAAGUACUCAUCCCCCUUGUGGGCCAUUUCGUCACGUCUCCUGCCUCGCUUGACCACCACCUAGUCAACGAGGCAGUCUUGACGACUGGUCAUAUGGCAAAAUGCCUCGCAUGGAGUGCGUACUACGCUCUAGUGCAACAGUACAUCCGCCUGUGUCAGAAGAGGGAUGACGCCGAGCGGGUGUACGUGCGCGCACUUGUGGCGAUCCUGGAUAAUUUCCAUUUCCAGAUGGGUGAUUCAGUUUCGGAAGAGGAGAAGACGGAUGACGCAGAUGAUGGCGAAGUCGGCGCACAGACUCAAACACCCAGCGCAUCUCGUGUGGAACAGCUGGUGACCGGACGGCUCUUGCCCAGUCUCCUGAGCCACCUGGAAAAGCGCGAUGAAACUGAAGAUUCAUUGAGAGUUCCCAUCGCCGUUGGUAUCGUUCAAGUCGCUAAUCAUCUGCCUGUCAAGGCUCGCGAAGUCCAGGUAGCACGAUUGCUGACAAUCGUCAGUCAAGCCUUGCGUAGCAGAUCUCAAGAGACGAGAGAUCUCGUUCGCGAGACACUCUGUCGUAUCGCCGUGGUUUUGGGUCCCGAAUACCUGCCCUUGAUCCUUCGGGAGCUACGAGCAGCCUUACAACGUGGCCCCCACCUGCACGUCCUUGCAUUCGUAACCCAUGCCCUUCUAGUCCACGUUACCAACGGGGAACAUUCUGGCCGGUUUGAAACAUUGGAUGGAUGUGUUGAUGAUGCGGCGCACGUCUCAGCGGAGGUCAUCUUCGGGCAGUCUGGUAGGGACGUCCAAGCAGAGGAAUUCAAGACGAAAAUGCGGGAGGUGCGGUCAUCUGCCUCGAAAGGUCUUGAUUCCUUUGCGAUAAUGGCGAAAUUCAUCACGCCUGCAAAAAUAAGUCGGUUGCUGAACCCGGUGAAAGCGGUCAUGCAUGAAACGGAGUCUUUGAAGGUCAUGCAGCAAGUUGACGACUUGCUGCGACGGAUUGCCAGCGGGUUAAAUGCCAAUAGACAUCUCGUUCCAACGGAGCUUCUCGUUUUAUGCCAUACUUUCAUAAGCCAGAAUGCCCGAUUUCUGCAAGCGAAUCCUAAGGAAGCCAGAAGUAGGGGUAGAGGAAAGGGGAAGGAGAAGGAGAAAGCAGCCGGUCAGCUGAAGAGAGCAGCUCCGGCGGAGUCAGAUCACUACGCCCACAAUUCCUUCCGUUUUGUUGCAUUUGGUCUCGAAUUGUUCAGUACGGCAUUCAGGCGAAGUCGGUUCGACUUCCAGGACAAGACCAUCAUCGCUCGUUUGGAGCCAAUGGUCUCUGUCAUCGGCAAUACGUUGUAUUCCACCAACGCCCACGUCACGUCGUUGGGUCUGAAGGCGUCUGCAGCAAUAGUCAAGUGCCCCUUGCAAUCGAUCGACAAGACCUUGCCGGUCUUCGUACGCCGCUCAAUUGAAAUUAUCAGGGAGACAGGCACUACAGCAUCGGACCUUGUCCAGACCGCGCUGAAGUCUCUCGCGACUAUCCUACGAGAUUGUCCGAAGGCCGAGGUCAAGGAGAAGGACUUGACAUUCCUGCUCGAGCUCUUACAGCCCGACUUAGAAGAACCUAGCCGACAACCAGCAGUCUUCGCCAUGCUGCGUGCUAUUGUCGCUCGAAAGUUCGUGGUACCAGAGAUCUACGACGCUAUGGAUAAGGUAUCCGAGAUCAUGGUGACCAGCCAGUCCGCUCAAGUUCAGGAACUAUGCCGCGGUGUGCUCCUGCAAUUCCUACUCGACUACCCUCAAGGCAAAGGUCGCCUCCGGAAUUCGAUGACGUUCUUCGCCAGGAACCUGUCGUACGUCCACGAAAGCGGGCGCAAGUCAGUCAUGGAAUUGCUUAGCGCUGUGAUUGCUAAAUUCGACGUCAAUCUUGCUCGGGAGUACGCCGACUUGCUCUUCGUCGCAUUAGUCAUGGUCAUCGCGAAUGACGACUCCGCUAAAUGUCGGGAGAUGGCAGCUGAGCUAAUCAAGAGUCUUUUCGUGCGGUUGAACAUCGAGCAUCGACGGCUGCUGGCCUCGCAUCUGCAUUCAUGGGCUUCGCAAACUGACAGACCUGUUCUUGCGCGUGUGUCCUCGCAAGUGUAUGGCCUCAUGCUGGACGCUCUACACCAAGAAGCGGAUCCAUUCUUACCCACAAUACUGGAGGAUUUGGGGGCCGCACUACGCCGUAGUGCUGAUCGUGAAGAGAUGGAUGAGGUGGAGCAAGGUGACAAUAUCAAGCUUGAGUGGCAGGCGCCAUAUCAAGCCCUCAUUGUCUCGGGGAAAGUUCUAAGGGAAUUCCCCGCCCUCACCCGGCAGGACGAGAAAGUUCAAUGGCCGACCGUCGUCUCACAUCUGUUGUAUCCUCACUCUUGGGUGAGGCUUGCGUCGUGUCGGUUGCUGGGGACUCUUUUCGCUGCUGUUCCAGUAGAUUCUCCUUCUCCAGAGCUUCCAGCAGAUCACCCACUGUCGACUGUGGGCAUGGAGGAGGCAGCCAAGAGGCUCUGCACUCAGCUCAAGAGCCAGCAUCUCGACGAAGCGCUGAGUCUGCAGGUCGUCAAGAACCUAUUCUACAUUGGAAAAUGCUUCGCUGCCAUCCCCUCGCAGGAUCGUCCAACGUCUCAUGAAGAGGCCGGUUCCAAGGCUGAGGCCGAAGAUGACUCUGACGGAGAAGACUCGGCAGACACGGCUCCGCAGAAGGGGAAGCAUCCUCUGCCAUGGCUAUUCUCGAGGUUGUCAUACCAAGCAAGGUCUGCACAUAUAGCUCGGAGGAACAAGUCCCGCACCAGUGAGAACUGGUUCCAUCAACCGGUCUCUGUGUUCAAGUGGUUUGCGGCGAUGUCGUCGUUUUUGCCCAAGGAGCGGCUAGAGCAAUUCCUGGUGCAUAUUCUGACACCCGUCUACCGUAUCGUCGAGGAUGAAACCAUUCGAGAUCCUCAUAUGGAAGAAUUAAAGACGCUGGCUAUUGAAUUGCAAGACUUAGUGCGGGACAAAGUUGGCACGACUGCCUUCGCCAAUACGUACAACAAAAUCAGGCAGGGAGUCCUGGAAGUACGCAGGGAACGGAAGACAGCCAGAGCGAUGCUGGUAGCCACGAAUCCUGAGGCUGCUGCGAAGCGGAAGCAGGGUCGGAAUAUGAACAAGAAGGAGAGUAGGAAGAGAAAGAAUGCUAGCUUUGCGGAUAGCAAGGGGCGUCUCUCGUCCAAAAAGCGCAGGGAACACUAUUGAUAUUUUCUUUCUCUGUUCUCUUCCUGCCGUAUCUACAUGCUGUGUUUUUGUUGUUUCAUCUCCAUUCAGGUGGGGACCGAUCUAGAGUUGUUUUCAUGCGUUUAUGACGGGGCGCUUGGGCUCCACUGCCACACAGAGCAGUCG